GGAAAGGGAAGUUAGUUAACAGAGUGAUUAUAUAGUUAUUUGGGUGUAGCACCUAAAGCCUGUCAUAUAGUCAGAAUGCUUCCUGAUUGGCUGAGAAUAAUGGUAUAAUUAACCAAGUGAGAAGGCCCCCAUAUCAUGUUGGUAGCAGUCUAGGAGAAGAGGCUAUUCUCAUCUGGGAACAGCAGCUUUGGGUUCCAAGUUUGAACAAAGCCAUGGACCAAACUGAACCUAGGGAACUUGAGUUUACAAAAAAAGAAAUCUUAUCUGAUUUAUAAACGGGGCCAAAAUUGAGUGGCAUUCUACUCCAUAAAUCAUGGCACUCCCCUUCCGAAAGGACUUGGAGAAGUACAAGGAUCUUGAUGAAGAUGAACUCCUUGGUAAACUUUCAGAAACUGAACUAAAACAGCUGGAAACUGUUCUUGAAGACCUUGACCCUGAGAAUGCACUUCUCCCUGCAGGCUACCGGCAAAAAAAUCAGACUACUAAGAAUGCCACAGGACCUUUUGACAGAGAACAUCUGCUUUCAUACUUAGAGAAGGAAGCUUUGGAACAUAAAGACAGGGAAGAUUUUGUACCCUUCACUGGAGAAAAAAAAGGGAAAAUAUUUAUCCCUAAACAGAAGCCCAUGCAGUCUUAUACAGAAGAAAAAGUAUCCCUUGAUCCAGAAUUAGAAGAAGCUUUGACAAGUGCUUCUGACACAGAAUUGUGUGAUCUUGCAGCUAUCCUUGGAAUGCAUAAUUUGAUAACCAACACUCAAUUCUGUGACAUAGUCGGAAGUAAUAAUGGUGUCAAUCAGGAUGAUUUUUCAAAUGUGGUAAAGGGUGAAAAAAUCCUACCAGUGUUUGAUGAACCACCAAAUCCCACAAAUGUUGAGGAGAGCUUAAAGAAAAUUAAAGAAAAUGAUUCUCGUCUUAUUGAAGUGAACUUGAAUAAUAUAAAGAAUAUUCCAAUCCCAACCCUCAAGGAAUUUGCAAAGGCUUUGGAAAACAAUACACAUGUGACAAGCUUUAGUCUUGCAGCCACCCGGAGCAAUGACCCUGUUGCUGUUGCAUUUGCAGACAUGCUGAAAGUGAAUAAAACACUGAAGAGCUUAAAUUUGGAGUCCAAUUUUAUUACAGGAGCUGGUAUUCAAGCACUGAUUGAUGCUUUAAAAGAAAAUGAAACCCUGGCCGAAAUCAAGAUUGAUAACCAGAGGCAGCAGUUGGGGACAGCUGUUGAACUGGAAAUGGCCAGGAUGCUUGAGGAAAACACAAAGAUUCUUAAAUUUGGAUAUCAGUUUACACAACAGGGACCACGAACCAGGGCAGCCAAUGCUAUAACAAAAAACAAUGAUUUGGUUCGUAAGAGACGAGUUGAAGGAGACCACCAGUAAGUUUACCCACUUACCAAUUUUGGAGGACUUCAAAAGAUCAACCAAGGCCUUCAUGUUGUCGUCAGAUUUAAAAGUUGCCUAAGAAGAAGGGAAAAGACUGGAAACUUCACUUCUUUUCUUUUUUAUUUUUAAACUGUAUACAUCUUUUUUUCCAAUGUGAGAUGUUAGUAACCUCUGAUUCUGUAAAAAAUCAAUAGUAGAUCAUCUUUUUUUAUAUUUUGGAACAUUUUUUUUCUUCUCUCUGUUCAAAUCAAUUUUGGUUUAGCUUAAAAGUGCUUGUAUGUGAGAAAUCAUUGGGUAAAGAGGAAUCCAAUUGAAAUAUUAACCAAAGGAGAAAUUGGGAAAGUCAUUAAGGGGAAAGAUUGAUUAUUUUUGAGAGUAAUUUUUUUAUUGAAAAGGGACACUGCAGACUUUUGCAGUUAUUAGUUGCCUUUACUUUUUUUAGACACCUGACACUUGAGCUUUCAUAUGAUUAAUCUUUAAAUGUCUCUGUUUUUAGAAUGUGUGCCUGCAAUAAGCUGGUUCUUCUGUCUUUCAGGAGAGAAUGCCAGAAUUUAGAAAUACUUUACUUAAAAUAUAAAAAUCUCUAUUUUAAAAACCAUUUUUGAUACAUUCCAGCAUAUAACUAGCUCUCUGGUAUGGUAUAUCUAAAAUGGUACACAUUCAAACAUAUUUCAAACAAGGCUGUCACCCUUUUUGCAUUACAUUUUUAAAUACAGGCCAAUCUGUAAUUAUAGUUUUUCUUCUAGAUAGAGUUUAAUGGACACAUAUUUUCUGUAAAGUUAACUUCUGUCAGUGAAUGAAUGCCAAAAGCAUCUGCAUAGGAAAGUAUUUUAUAGGUUCCUCUUUAAAAACAUAUCCAAUUUAUUAACUUAUUUUUGGUUAUUCAGGAUAAGAGGAAUUCACUGUUAUUGAGUAACUCUAUAUUAUAGAGAAUAGGACCUGUUAAUGUAUCCACAUUAAUCUAAUGGCUAAAUGCUAGUAAAUUUGAAAGAAGCAUUUUUGUGAAUUAUUUUAGAUACCGUACAAUACGGUAGGAAAUGUCAGGCCUGCCAUAUAUAACUAUACAAAAGUAUUUACUCAACACUGAAACUUUACCAUUCAGUAAGAAAAAUUGCUAUUCUUUUUGGUAAUGUCUGAUUUUUAUAUUUAUUCUUCUCUUCCUAUUUUGUAUUCAUAUUGUGUAAAAAUAACUUCACAAAUGAAAAUGAGUUUUCUAGUUCCUAUAAAAAGUGCCUCAAGAAAGAGAGAAAGCCACUUGCUUAGAUAAUCUGUCUAAUGGGAGAUCCAGUAAUCAAGACCCACAUAGGAGAAUUUGCUUUUGGUUCAGUCAUUUCUGGGCUGCCCUUGAAGCAGUGAAGUGGCCAAAUGUAUAGACAAGGGAAAGAAAUUUAGGAAGUAAGAAGCCUAGGUAAUCUUUACUUCACACUUGAGGGUUAUAGCAUUUUUAGGAGGAGUUCCUAAAGGGGGAAAAAUGAGUUUUAAAGUAUAUUAACUUUUAAACUUUGUUGUUGAAUUAUCUCUUCUGCUCCUUGUAUUUACUCUGGACUGUCUAAUGAGCUAGAGCAGUGAUGAUGAACCUUUUAGAGAAUGAGUGCCCAAACUGCAACCCUCACGCAGGAUGUAAGCCUUACCCCAGAAAGGGGAGGGAAGAAGCAAUCCCAUUUGGUUGCUGGGCAGAGGGGCAGGGCAUGUGAGAAAUAUCCUUGGGAGGGGAGCAGCUCCCUCCGGCAUGCAUUCCAUAGGUUUACCAACAUGGAGCUAAGAGUAGUACUUUUUCCUUAUGAACUAAUAAGGUUUCUCUCAUCAUAAUUGUGAUGUCUGCCUUUGUCCAGGGUUUUACAAAGGCUGGAAUGGUGAAUAAUAGUCAGUUUGGCUAUUGGUCAUUUUUAAAUUAACCAGGCUACUCUUUAAUAAAAUCACUAGUCAAUUUUGAAUUGCACUAUGUAUUUUAAAGACUGCACAAUUCCAAGAUUGGAAAGUUGUCAUACAAGGAAUAAAAGAAUACUGCACUGAAGGGUAUUGAUGGGUUCUACCUAAUAGCAUUUUAGCAAGCCUUCCUCACUUAUGUUUAUUCAUUCAUUAAUUUAUAUAGGUGUGUCCACACUUAUACAUGUAUAUAUACAUAAAAGUGUUUAUGUGUGUGUAUAUGUAGUCACUAAACUUUUUGAAUGUGUGCUCCUACCACACCCCAGCUUUCCCUGAGGUUUAAAAAUUUUAUGGGUGGGUAGCAUAUACCUUACUUGGAUUUUUGUAUGCUACUUAAAAAAUGUCUUUUUCACAUGUUCUAUUUAUUUAGAUUAUUAAUGUGUCAAGCAUUUUUUAGUACAGUUCCAAUGCCAUAUUGUAAUUGUUUAAUUUGGAAAAAACUAUUGCAUUAUCUUCAAGAGAUAAACGUGUAUCUGUUUGAAUGUAGGCUGUCUUCCAUAAAAAAAAAAAGUUACCAUUUAAAGGGAGGAAACUGAUGCUUUCUUGCUUGCUUUUUUAAACUCAGCACCCUCUUAGCUGACUUGGAAUACAUUUCAUUGAUUUUCCUCAUGCUCUAAAAUUUAUAUUGGUUUCAUUGACCUGACUUCAUUGCUGCACCAAGUUUUAUAGUCCCACCAAAAACUUCAUCGGUCAUCUUUUUUAUCUUUGGAUGUAAGUUUUUUAGAGCUUUUGUUAAAGCUUUAAAAAAAAAUAACAUAACCUUUAUUAUCCCAAGGUAACUUUUCCAAUAUAUUUGCAUGUAAUUAAGUAUAUAUUUUAAAACCCACCAACAAUGGCUAGUAUAAUUUUAAAAUGGGUUUUGGUGCUAUAUACAUGUGUCCAAAGUUUGACUUGCCUAUUCUAUAGUUAAGUAAAACUUCUUGUUUAUUGAGUGCCUGUCAUUUAAAAGACCAAAUAGACAGCAAGAAUUUUUAAGAAAAGUUAUGUCUCUAUCGUCAAAAAGAUUUUUUUUGUAAUCUAAUUCAGACUAAAAGUACACUUUGUAUUAUGUAAUAGGUAGAGCAUUUUUGGAAACAUUGCAUAUAAAUGUAUAUUUUUAUAAAUCAAACUAUAUUUUCCCAUUCACUUACUACUUGAAUUUUGGUCAUGUGUUCCCUCAAAAAAAGUUAGGGGAGCCAACUUGUUUAAAAAAGGAUAAGUGAUUUUGUGAUGAUUAUGCCAUCUUAGAUAAAUUUUACGCAUACUGUUUUAUUGUUUAUUCACAGCAAGGUGAAAUGACCCCAAAUGCUCAGGCUACCUCGCCUUUUGAGGUAAAAAUAGCUCAUCUCAAAAUAGAUAAAACUGGCAUCUUUUCCUUUGGAGUUUAUAGCCACCUCUGUUUCUUGUAGAUUCAGUGCUACCAGGACCUGACCCUGAAACUUUAAAAAGGUGUGUUUUCAGUUCCUCUAGUGCCCCUUUUUUGAGUAUUCAGUUAACUCCUACCACAUGCCUAGCCAUGAAAAGAGAAUACUCCUUUAGUGUUAAUUUUAAAUGUUAAAGUCUAAAAAUUCACCUUAACUUUGUCUCCUCCAGUAGCUGUCAAACUGACUCAAUCACUAAUUUGUUCUUUAGGAUUUGUCAUAACAGUUGGAGCUCUGUCAUUGAAAGAUUCAUAAUGAGAAAGUUAAAGGAACUUCAUAUGAAUUAUCUUGUAUAGUUUAAAAAAAACUUUUCAUACUGUGAACAAUCACUCUGCCUAGAUUUUGUAUGCUUGAAAUUCAUGUUUGAAUCCCAAACUUUUGAAUGCUACGAGUGAUUCUCUGCAUCUGUUUAAAUAACACAAAAAUGCAUUCUAAUUCUAUGAAAAUUAGAAAAUUGAAGAUUUAUAAAUACAAUAGUUUCUAUAAAAUCUCAUUCAUUUGGACUUCACUUGAUGGGGAUUUGUGGUCGUCAGGUGACCAACUUAAUACUCAGUGAAGAAAAGUUUUGAUAAAUAGAUUCAUUUUCUACAGAAGAUGGAAGGGAGAGAUUUAACUUUAAAACACUAAUAAUAUUCAAGGAUAACAACAAAAUACUUUUCACUUAUUCCCCAAUAGCACUCUCCCCAGAAUUAGAUCACCCUAGUUACUGAAUGUGUGAAAAUGACUCAAAUGAUCUCAUUUCUUUAAAAACUAUUCUGUAAUUUAGAUGGUCCUUCCAUUUUCAAUCCUAAUAAGAUUUCAUAAAGUCCCAAAGCAGGAAGGAAGAGUCCUCAGUAGACAUCUUCACAGAAUCCCCUUUGGUGAUACUCUUAACAAGUAGUUACCACUUUCUGCUUGAAGACUUCCAGUAAUCAAGGAACCCUCUCCUGAGUGACAUGCUGUGCUUUUUGGAGAGCUCUAAUUGUUAUGACAUUUUACCUUUUGCCAAAUCCUCAUUUCUGCCACUUUUACUCAUUAUGCCUAGUUCUGCCCUCUGGUUAAUCACAAGAAAGCUAAUCUCUUUUCUAUCAUAACAGUUCCCAAGGAACAGCAGUCUUGUCUUCUCUGUGGGACAGCAGAAAGUGCCAAAUUUAAUCAAAAGCUCUGGGUUCAAAUAAUGGUGCUCUGCUCCUGCCUGGGUGAUCUUGGGCAAAGGAUUUAAGAGCCUCCACAUUGACCUCAGUUUCCUCAUCUGUGAUGAGAGAGUUGGGCUAGGUGAUGAUUUCCAAGGUCCUUUCCAAUCCUAAAUGUGAGCCUCUUCUGCCUCCUCCUUUCCUGAUGACUUUCCUCUGUCUAGCUUGUCAGCAUCCUUAGGAUUCUGCAUGGGAUCUCACCACUAUCAAGCUACCAGAACCACUGCCUCGAACCCACCACUUAUUGUCCUUUUGUUAAUGCAGCUGAAACCUCCAUUCCGUUUUUUGGCCAAUAGAUAUAUCUGCGUGGUUGACUUGUAUGGAGACCAUAGACCAAAGGCAUUUUUCAAAGUUCUCAUUCCUUCAUCUUACAUUGAAGCAAUUUUUUUUAACCCAAGUAUAAGUCAUAACAUUUGUCUCUUUCAGUCCUAUUUAAUUUCACCUGUUCUCACACGUUAAGAUCUUUGUGAAUCCUUAUGCAUAUGUACUUCAGAGCUUUAACCAAAGCAUUGAUUAAAAUCUUGAACUCUGCAUCUCUGUCCCUCUGAUUAAUUCAGGUCUUGAAUUUCCUUCUUAUGGAAAAAGUAUUGACUCCUAUUAGGACACUCCCACAGGACAGGGUAUAAAAAUCAGUUCAGUUGCUGCCUUUUCAGUGGGUAUGGCCAGCACCUUUGGUGGGUUUAAAAAUUCACCUCAACUUCUAAUGAAAAGAAAAAUAUAAUUCAUUGGUGUCAUGUUCUUCUAUUUCAGACUUUGAAUUUGGGAUAUAGAGUAUACCUGAGCUAAUUUGUUUAAAAAGAAACUAUGCUUCUGCCAUCUGUCAAAGAAUUAGGGAGGUUCAAUUAUGUUUAGAUUUUUUUAACACCUGGGUCUGUGUCACAUUAAAUGUAAAUAUCUAUGAAACAAAGCACCUCAAAUCCAAAAUCCAAAUGCUUUUACUUCUGGAAAGAAGAGAAUGAAUGAGUUUCACACCACUGAAACUUAGGAGUAUUAUAAAUCAUGAACCUCAGCUCAUUUGAAUUUGAGGAAACAUGGAAUAAGUACUGCAAAUAUUUGAAUAAUUGUAUGUUUUUUUAGAAGUAAUUCAAUAAAGUUUAUAGAAUGUU